AUGGAGAAUCCGCCGAUGAAAUCGGUGCCGAAAAAGGAUGACUCGCCAAAAGUCGGAAUGAGCCGAGAAGAAGUUCUUCGUUCUGAAAUUGAUCAAGUUGCCCCUGAAACGAAGGUGCGUAGUGAUCGACAGAAGCUCGCUGAGCCUGUGGGAAGAAUUGAAUUCGAUAAAUACAUGACGCAGAUUGUUCAAUUCAUAAAUGAUUAUUUCGACGAAUCCCACAAACAAUCGGUUAUUCCAGAAGCCGAUGCGAGCACGGCUCGAUUGAAAACCCCAAUUCCGGAUAAAUCAGAUUCUUGCUUGUCAAUUAUUGAGGAUUUGAAAAAGGCUGUCGUUCCAAAUAUGUGCCACACGCAACACCCAAGAUAUCACGCCAAGUUUUCUGGAAGAUGUCUAGCCGACACACUGGCGACGACACUGUCCGCAGCGCUCGGAUGCGAUUCGAAUUGCUCUCCAAUGGUCGAUGUAAUUGAACGAGUGUUGUGCAAUUGGAUGAGCCAAGCCAUGCAAUUACCCAAAAUGAAGAGAUGCAUAACUGACGAGAAAGCUGAAAAAGAGCCGAUUGGAACGGUUUUGUACACACCGACUGACGUCUAUCUUUGUCUGAUAUUGAAUUGGAAGGCGCGAAACGAGAAUUAUCAGGAAAGCACGAGCGAUUUGAAGAGACACUACUAUGACUACGUUGUUUAUUGUAGCGAUGAUGCGCAUUACCCAUUGGAGGAGGCGUGCGUUUUGGGAAAAGUCAAACUACGCAAAGUGAUCACCGCGAAAGAGGAUUGUCAUGGGAUGACGGGCUCGCGACUCGAAAAGCAGAUUAUAAAAGACCUCGAACGCCAAAUGACGCCAUUAUUGAUUGUUUCGACGUUCGGCUCGGCGAAUCUCGGCGCCAACGACAAUUUGAAGGAGAUUGUAAAAAUCGCUGAGAAAUUCAACAUUCCUGUUCACUGCGACGCGAGCUAUGCUGGUUUCGAGUGGAUCGAGCCGACGAAACGAAGCGAUGUUCACAAAUAUUUGAGCAAUGUUCAAUCGGUUCAUGUGAAUUUUAACACGCUUCUCCCGUAUUCGGGAAAUUUGUCGAUUCUAUGGAGCGCGGAGAAGUUUGUUCUCGAACAUGGAAGGAUUAAUCGAAAUGGUGGUGACACGCUGAAACUCUGGAUUCUCAUAAGAUUGUAUGGAAUGAAGGCGUUGAGAGAGGCUGUCCGACGGAAAGUGAAUCUUGGCAAUAUUCUUAGUGAUCGUCUCACACAUCAAUCGGAGUUUGCUGUGCUGCACCCGAAUGAGCAUGGAAUUGUGCUCUUCCAGUAUUACAAUACUUCGAUUAAAGGCCGCACGACGGACGCCAACACGCUGACGUCGAUGUUUUAUAGUUAUAUGGUGGAAUCGGCGCAAAUGAAGUGCGGAUUUGUGAAAUUCAAUGAUAAAAUAAUGCUGCGCGCGUGCAUCAAUUAUGAGAAGAGCAACGCGUCGAUAAUGGAAGAGUCUGUAUCGACACUGUUGAAUAUUGUCGACGAGUUUGAGGAGAAAAUGAAAACGAAAAAUAAUCUACUGAAAAUGGCGUUGAAAUCGGAAUUUGUUGAGCAAAUUGGCGGCUCGCCGAACCAAUCGACAGAAGGAACACCGCCGACAAGUCAGAUCGAGACUACUACGAACAAUAACAUUGUUAAUCGCAAGGAGACCAACAAAAAUAUUAGUAAUCUUAAAAAAACGCCGAGUAAAAAUAAUAUACAAAAUAAAUAA